CCCUGAUCAGCAUUAAUUUGUCAUAUAGAACAUUUCAAACUCAGAAAGGCAAGGUAACUAUGUUGAGAUGUCUGUCUGCUAUAUUCAGGAACACUUAAUAUUAGUUGGGGCCAUUGAUGAGUAAAACUGUUGUGGAAAGCUAUUGGUGCUUGAUGCUCUUAAAUAAAACCACUAGGUGGAGCGAGACAUGCUCGCAAAUCCAAAGUGAACUUUGGCACUGAAGUCCGGACUCCACCUGGAAUGUGGGCCAAACUCGGAUCUCAAGGUGCAGUCAUAUGACUCCCAGAUGGCUGAAUGCGAGUCAACAAAGCUGGAAAUGGUUUUCUGAAACUAACUUUCUAAACUAAACUAAGUUUCGUGUUCUUGAAGGAUCCGACUCUGUUAGAAGAAAUCCGUCCUGGCUGGUUUCAGCCUCCAGGUCACGCAGGGAGAUGGGUGUCGUGAAGAGAGCUGUUGUUCAGGCAGUAUAAGAGGAUGACAGUUUCUUGUCCGUUGUGGCUCCGUGGAUGCGCUGCGUCAGACAAACUUUUCUUCACCUGUGCACGGUGUGAUUGCGAAUACCGCAGGCACAGAUGGAAUAUCUGACUAACGGGAGUCCCCGGCAGACAGCAGGAGAGGAGGACAGCUCACACUGUUUCCAAAGGCGAGUAGCCAUGGUCAGCUCUCCUGCUCUGUCCGCUGCACGUCUCACCUUACCCGGAGUCAUGGACGCUGAGGGGAGGGUGGACGAGUCAAGACUGAGGAUGCACAUUUUCAAAAACGGUGGCGUGUCACCCUCUGAGCGUGGCCUGGCGUGGCGCUUCCUGUUUGGGAUGUACCCGUGCAGCUCAACAGCUUUGGAGCGCCCUCUGCUGCAGGAGCAGUUGGCCAUACGCUACCAGGUCAUGAAGAGAAAGUGGCAGCAAUUCCUUCCUUCAGCCGUGCGGAUGCACCUCAAUGGCACUGAUGCUGAGUUGGUGGCAGCAGUCAGGUACUUCGACCAGAGGCAAGCACGGGUCCAGCAACAGGCCCUGGACCAGAGUGAGGUCAGGGACAGGCUGACUUUCUUAGAGCUGCAGGCACAGAUAUUGUUUGAGCGGGACACUUUUGACCAUGAAGAGCUGCGGGAAGCCAUACGAAUCAUUGACAAAGAUGUCCCAAGAACUAACAGAGACCUGAGCUAUUACCAGGGUGAGGGUUCAGGCAAUCUGUUGGUUUUGAGAGAUAUCCUCAUCACUUAUGCUGCUUUUCAUCCAGAGGUCAGUUAUGCCCAGGGAAUGAAUGACCUGUGCAGCCGGUUCCUGGAGGUCCUCGACUCUGAGGUCGACACUUUCUGGAGUUUCUCCUGCUACAUGGAGAAGUUCUCUAAGGACUUCAGGGCUGAUGGUCUGCACAGAAAAAUAGAGUUGGAGGCAGCCCUGUUAAAAGAACUGGACCCACAGCUUUACACUCACUUAGUCACAGACAACAUGGAGAGCUUCACCUUCUGCCACAGAUGGCUACUGCUGGGUUUCCAGAGAGAGUUUGAACACAGUGACGCUCUACGUUUGUUCGAGAUCCUGAGCUGUGACCACCUGGAGCUCAUUUCCCAACAAGUAGACCGAGCCCGUUAUCAGGAAAGGCUGGCACGGAAAUACAGCACAGAGGACAAUUCACAGUCGGAACUGCAGGCCAUCAACACUGACUUCACCUUUGAGCUCUUCAUCUGUGCAGCCAUUCUGUUAGACAACAGAGAGUCUCUGCUGCGGUGCCGAGAUGAUGUACAGCUCAUCCAGUUUACAAGCAGCCUUCAGGGAACACUGGACCUGAACAGCACACUAAAGAAGGCAGAGCACCAUUUCUACAACUACUGCAAGCGCUGUGCUUGGGACUACAUGAAUGGGCGCUGUAGUGCACACAAGAGCAAAGAAGAAGACUUUCUUUAUCAGCUCCGUAGUUUAUUUGUUUUAAAGUGAUAGCUACUAUUUAAAUACCUGACGCCUUUUGAAACUGUAAUUUGAAACAAGGGACUGAUAAUCCCUAUUUUGAGUUUUGAUGGCAUAUAUUCUUUACACUACCGAGGGAAACACACUGAUGUACUGAUGGCUGCUUACUUUUUCAUGAGUUAUUGCUGUUUAUUAUAAAUGUAUAGUAUUUAUUGUAUGAAAGUAGAACAACACAUACUGUGAGUCUCAGUUGCUCUCUUAAACUGUCAUAAUAUGAAAAGCUUUCGACAAAUACCUCAGUACCACAGAAUCAGAUCUUAAAUGAUUAUUUUUUGCAGGUUAUGCAAUAUUCAGCUACCGGAAGAAAACAGCUACAAGACUGCCACAUGUGAUAACUAAGAUCUGGUGUGGUGCAACAGGCGGUGUUCUAACAAACUGAAGUUAUAUUUAAUGCCAGAUGGCGUAUGUGUCAAAGAGGCCUAUGUAACGAGAAUAGAUAUCCGCUUUUUGAGCUCUGGCAGAGGGAGCGUGCAGUAAGGGAAAGGAAAAGUUUGACUGGUUAUUACUGCACAGCUAAGAGAAUGAAGCACAUGUGUUUUACUUGACUCACAAUGUAAAUAACCUUAAAAUGUUAAUGCUGCACUAUUAAUGGUCUUCCAUUGAAAAUUAUACCUCAAUAAAAUUACUGAAGAUCGUUUUUUAUGUGGUGCUAGAAAAAAUUCC